AUGAAGCAGCUCAAGGUACUCGUCGCCAACCGAGGUGAGAUUGCUAGUCGCAUUCUCGUGGCAGCUCAUGAAUUGGGCAUGGCCACGGUGGCCUUAUACUCAGAAGAAGACCGUUUCGCUGGUUAUAGAAAAGGUUUGUUUGGAAUGGACUCCAUUGUUGCGAGCUAUGAAAAACUUACCGGUUUCGCAGAAGCCGACGAGUCAUACCUAGUUGGCAACCAACCUGAUAUAGGCCCGGUCCAAGCAUAUCUCGAUGGCGCCAAUAUCAUAGAAAUUGCGAAGCAACAUCGCGUGGAUUUGAUCCACCCGGGUUACGGAUUCCUCUCGGAGAAUGCAGACUUUGCGGCUCAGGUGAGAGCCGCAGGCCUGAAGUUUGUCGGACCACGCACCGAAACCAUUAGAGAAAUGGGAGACAAAGUGACAGCGCGGCGGAUUGCACAGCGUUUUGGCGUCCCAACAAUUCCAGGAACCAACGGACCUGUGCGCAAUCUACAAGAUGCAUAUGACUUUGUAGAAACUCACGGGUUUCCGGUCAUUAUCAAGGCGAGUUUUGGAGGUGGUGGGCGGGGAAUGCGAGUUGUACAUCAGAAAGGGGCCCUCGAAGAAGCCAUUUCUGCAGCCCGUUCCGAAGCGAAUGCAGCAUUCGGAGAUGGUGCAAUAUUCAUGGAAAAGUUUUUGGACCGCCCAAAACAUAUUGAAGUCCAAAUUCUGAGCGAUUAUCAUGGCAACCACGUCCAUAUAUGCGAACGAGACUGCAGCGUGCAGCGCAAGCAUCAAAAGGUCGUCGAAUUCGCGCCAGCUGUGAGCAUCUCGCAACAUGUUCGUUGGGGUGUUUUGGACGCCGCAGUAACGCUGGCCCAAGGAUUGGAUUAUGGCAAGAAUUCGUUUUCCUAUGCCUUUGUCGCUCAGGUGGAACAUACUGUCACUGAAGAAGUGACCGGGAUCGACAUAGUUGCUGCGCAACUGCGUAUUGCCUGCGGGACCAGUCUCAAAGAAUUGGGACUGACUCAACAGAAGAUUGAGACCAGGGGCUUUGCAAUCCAGUGUCGAGUCACUACCGAAAUCCCGUCAGAAGGAUUCCGUCCGGAUAAUGGUACGAUCAGUGGAUGCCGUUUGCCCACUGGCAACGGUGUGCGUCUGGACCAUAGCGAAUGUUUCCUGGGAGCGCGGAUAAGUCCAUUUUAUGACUCGUUACUUGUCAAAUGCAUCUGUUCCGGCCCCGACUUUGCAUCGGUUAUCAGCAGAACGAUUCGUGCCCUGAAGCAGUUCCAAAUUCGUGGUAUCCAAACAAAUCUCGAAUUUUUGAUUCAGCUCCUAAAACAUCCUACAUUUGCGGCAGGAAACUGCUGGACGUCCUUUGUAGACGACACACCUGAACUGUUUCACUUGAAUGGCCAGAUUGAUCCAGCGCAAGGUUUAAUGCGAUUCCUGGGCGAUGCGGCGGUGAACGGUAGUCGGGUUCAAGGGCAAACGAAACCGCCUGGACUAAAACGAGAUAUCACCAUCGGCAAGCUUACGGGCCCAAAAUCCGGAGAUGAGAUCAACACUGAUAUCCCAUGCCAGCAAGGAUGGCGCAAUAUUCUUACGCGAUACGGUCCACAGGCAUUUGCACAGCAAGUUAGAGCACAUCGUAAGACGUUGAUUACUGACACAACGUGGCGAGAUGGACAGCAGUCUCUUUUAGCAACAAGAGUUCGCAGCAAGGACUUGGACGCGAUCGCCAAGCAUGUCAGCUAUGCCUACCAAGCAGCAUAUAGUCUGGAGUGUUGGGGAGGUGCCACAUUCGAUGUGAUGCUGCGAUUCUUAUUGCCGGAUAAUGCUCUUUUCCAUUUUGUGAAGCUAGCAAAGGAUACAGGAGUUGACAUCUUUCGUGUCUUCGACAGCUUGAAUGAUCUGGAGAAUUUGAAGGUUGGCAUUGAAGCCGUCCACGCAGCCGGUGGGCUUGUCGAGGGGGCCGUGAUGUACACUGGCGAUAUGUUGGAACCCGGCAACAAGUAUAAUUUAGAGUAUUAUCUGGGGAUCGUCGACCGCUUGGUUGAAUACGGCUCGCACGUCAUCGCUAUUAAGUCCAUGUCGGGCGUCAUGAAGCCAGCGGCAGGAAGAGCGCUGGUGAAGGCCAUUCGCUUAAGGUACCCCGAUAUACCAAUUCACAUGCACACGCACGAUACAAAUGGAACUGGCACCGCGACAAUGUUGGCCUGUGUUGAAGAAGGGGCAGACAUCGUGGACACGGCGAUCGAUAGUCUGUCCGGAUCCACAUCGCAACCCGCCGUCGGCGCUGUAGUUGCCUCGCUUCAAAACACGGAGUUUGAGUCCGCCUUGCACUUGGAUCAGAUAAGAAUGAUUGAUGCUUACUGGGCACAACUUCGGUUGGUAUAUGCAGGGUUCGAUGCCGACUUGAGGUCACCGGAUCCGACCGUCUACAAGCACGAGAUUCCGGGAGGGCAGUAUUCCAAUCUCAUCUUUCAAGCCCGGGAGAACGGUUUAGGUGAUAAAUGGGAUAAGACCCUUAAAGCCUAUGAGGAUGCAAACCAGCUCCUCGGCGACAUCAUCAAAGCAACGCCUACAUCAAAGGCUGUGGGAGACUUAGCUCAGUUAAUGGUCGACCUUAAAAUUUCUGCAGCGGAGGUGCAGGAACGUGCGUCGAAACUUGAUUUCCCUCAGUCUGUUGUAGAUUAUUUUGAGGGUUUGAUGGGGCAGCCACUUGGAGGGUUCCCGGAGCCUCUUCGCACCCGCAUACUUCGAGGAAGUCCGGCGAGUAUCAAGCAACGGCCCGGUUUGACUAUGAAACCGAUCGACUUUAAUCAUGUUCGCCAGGAGAUUUCGUCUCGGUUUCCUGGAAGCUCAGUAACGGAAUACGACGUUGCUAGUUAUGUAAUGUACCCGGAGGUCUAUAUGGGCUUCCGUCAGGCGCGACAGGAAUUUGGCGACCUCACCACGCUCCGCACACCAGACUUCCUAUUGCCACCUGAAAUCGGUCAGGAAGUGCAAUUAAAACUGGAUGAUGGCCAAGAGGUGGUCGCCGAGAUGUUGGCAAUUCGACCUGCGGACCCGGUGACAGGAAAGCGGGAAGUGCUAUUCCGGCUUAACGGAGAAGUUUGUUUUGUAACAGUCCAAGACGACAAAGCAACGCCAAAGCGGAAGCUCCGAAAGGCCAACCCUAAGGUCGAACGGGAGCUAGCCGCCCCAGUGGCUGGCCGCAUUGCUCGGCUGAUGGUCGUGUCUGGAGACACAGUCAAAGCUGGCGAAACGCUUUUGACUGUAAGCGCGAUGAAGAUGAGAUAUGGCUCAAUGUGUUAUGAGGCCAGAGGGAUCCUGAGCAGUUCCCACAAAUCCUCCAACAAAGGUUCUCGCCUGUUUCUUAUCAAUCUUCUAGACAAUACUGUCCAACGAUAA